CAUCUGGCUAGUUACAUGGAGAAAAGGCUACCAAAUGAACCUCCACUUGAUAGAGGCUUUGUUCCUCGGCUGGGACAUGCUAUGGAAUUUGGAAAAGAUGCUGCCAGCUUCCUUUCUAAAAUGAAGCAAAAACAUGGCGAUAUUUUCACAAUCCAGGUGGCUGGGAAAUUUAUCACCAUCUUGCUGGACCCUCACUCGUACGAUUCGGUGCUUUGGGAAUCAAGUGGCAAACUAGAUUUCAAUAAAUAUGCACGCAUUUUAAUGGAUCGGAUGUUUGAUGUCAAACUGCCUGAUUAUGACCCCAGUGAGGAAAAGGUCAGGCUGAGAGCGGCUCUCCAAAACAAGAACCUUCCGUCCCUCACGAAGGCGAUGUUCUUCAACCUGCAGACUGUUCUGCUUCCUGACCCAAACCCAUUGAGCCGGCAGUGGGCAGAAGAAGGCUUGUUUCAUCUCUCCUAUAGUAUCAUGCUCAGAGCUGGAUACCUGACCCUGUAUGGCAAUGAAGAAGAAAAUUACAGUGAUCCUUCCUGCCAAAACAAAGAUCGGGCCCAUUCUGCGGAGGUCUACAAUCAAUUUUAUAAAUUGGACCAGCUGUUAAUGAGAGCUGCCCGCUCCAUGCUAACUGCAGCAGAAAAGAAGGAAGCUGCCAGCAUCAAGGAGCAUCUCUGGAAGCUACUGUCUGUAAAAAGACUGAAUUCCAAAGCCAACAAAAGCUCUUGGAUAGAGAGCUACAUGCAGCACCUACAAGAACUGGGAGUGGAUGAAGAUAUGCAAUCCAGAGCCAUGCUGAUGCAGCUCUGGGCCACCCAGUGUAAUGCAGGUCCUGCCGUUUUUUGGCUUCUCCUGUUUCUUCUAAAGCAUCAUGCAGCCAUGGCAGCAGUUCAAGGUGAAUUAGAGAAAGUAAUUAGAAACAGAGGACAAAAACGGAUGCAAGGCAUUAGCCAAGAGAUGCUGGACAGCACUCCUGUUUUUGACAGCGUAUUGAAUGAAACACUGCGUUUGACAGCAGCUCCUUUUAUCAGCAGAGAAGUCCUUGCAGACAUGGAACUGAGACUAGCAGAUGGCAGGAAAUUCAGCCUGAGAAAAGAAGACAGGCUCUGUCUUUUUCCAUAUUUAAGCCCACAGAUGGAUUCAGAAAUCUAUGAGGACCCAGAGAUACAAGGAGGCCAAGACUCAUGCUACUCCUUGCUAGGGAAGCGGUCCCCUGCAACCGUUUUCUGACUGAAGUGCACUUCCCUCCAAGAUCACCCUGAACCCUGCUGGGUGCCAAGUGAGAGAGACAAGCUGAUGUCAGAGUCCAGUCCACUGCCCCGCCAUGGAGCCAGAGUGAAAAAUGCCAUUCGUGUUACUGAUGCACACUGGGGAGCCUCACAGAAUAGUUCCUCUGUCAAGUAUGGACACCACAGAGUUGUUCCAAUCAGUACCGUUUGUUUGCUUGCUCUGAGGAGAGUUAGCACUAAGUAAAGUUCUCCCGUGCAGUUAAAUGCUUGAGAAAGACUCCCUUGAUUCCCAGCAGGGCUGCCUCACACCUUUCCUUCUGCGGGAUGUAGGUAUAUGUGCUAGAGUACACGUCAAUGUGGGCACACAGUGGAGCCGACAGCCUCUGCAGCCCCCUGGACAAGGUGGCGAGGUAGGGCUUCCAGAAGGGGUGGGGCCAAAAGCAGCCAGUCUUCAGCACUGCCCAAAACAUGGCACUCCCCCUCCUAGCCCUUACCACGGCCCGGAGCAUGCUGCCACUGCUACUACAGCAACAACGGCAGCCAGAGAACCAGGACUCUUUGAAUCACCAGGCCCCAGGGCAAUUGUCCCCUUUGCCCCCAUCCAUUGGCGGGCCUAUGGGCACAUAUCACUCUUGCCAUGUUACACAUGGAGAAAAGAGAUAAAGAGAUGAAGUGAUUUGCCCGAGGUCACAUAGUCACUAGCAGAGCGAAAAGUAGAACCCACAUCUUCUCAUUCCUGGAGUGGUGCCCUCAACGCUGGACCAAGCUGCCUUCCCUUAAUGAUUUUUCAGAAUUUGUCAAUACAAAUGCACAAAAUUAAGAGUCGUAGGCUAGUCCAUUCUCCUCUACCCUUGAAUGUAUCAGGUAUCCAGGGUCAAUUCCCACAGUCUCUAUUUGGGGAAACCCCCAUUGAAGGGAAUAGGUUUGAGCCAUAUGAGCAAUUCUAGGACAAUCAGCUGGUGCCCUAAUAGGUGAGAAAGAUCAGCCACAAUGGUGGGUUUUCCAGUUGGAUGAUUAUAGGCCCUUUAACCAUUAUACUGGAAUACGCGGAUAUGGAGAAUUCCAAGCAGGAACAAUAGACCAGUGAAUGAUAUGUUUGCAUUACUUUGCAUGACUGGAGGUUUCCACAUGUGAGUCACCCAGAUGAAAGCACGCAGUCACCAUGGUUGUCUGCUCUGCAGGCAGGCAAGGUUUAGAGAAGGACAGAUGUUUCCAUGAUUUCAAAGGAGAGCACUGGGAAAUGACUGGGUUUGUUGCCAGCUGGGUGGGAUUAUUGAAAACUCCCCAUUUCAAAGCCAGUAUGGAAGAAACUCUUGAUUGUGUCUGCUAUGGUGGAUCACCCUGCACCCACAAUUCAGGUCUCCACGUACUCCACCAUGAGCCUUUGUCCAUUGUCUCUAUGAGGAGAGAAACUUGUGCCUCUUCCAAGCCUCAUUUUGUGCCAUUCCCAGUGGAACUUGGAACUGCUGGGUUGGAGGUUUCACACUCAGAAGACAGAGGUUCCCCCAGCACUCAUGAUAGUCAGCGAUGGUUCUCUUUCACAUUAACAACCUCUUACAAGUUACAGUAGAAGAUGAAUGAUGUAUAGCUUAUUUUGAAAAUGAAGAAAACCGUUUCCCCUCUUGCUCCUACAACAUACCCAAUUAUUGAAUGUCGCACUGCAGCAGGGCAGGGGACACACACUUCGAAGGUUAGAGGUUGGUAACCUCCAGUCCUGGGGGAAUUCUGCAAUUUUACUGUGGCUCCAACUGUAACAGUUGCAGAAUUCCUCUAGGACUAAACCUCCCAUCUCCAAACCCAUGCUGGUGUUCUUUGCUCUGUUCUCCCUCUCCCAGUCUAUACCACGUUCGUUAGAAGACAACUGUCCUCUCAUCUCCCUAAAGUCUAGUUAGGUGGCCUGAGAUAGGGAAAUCCAUAUCUGUACUUUCCUCGGGACAUCUUUUUUUGGAAAGCACGUCUCAUCAUAGUCUCCCCUACUUCUCAGAAUCCAUGAGGAGUCCUGUGGCACCUUAAAGACUAACUGAUUUAUUUGGGUGUCAGCUUUUGUAGACAAAACCCACUUUGUCAGAUGCAUCUGGUAGUCUUCAAGGUGCCUGUCACAGGGCAAACCCACCACCAUGGUGCCUCCUGCUGGUAGCACAGGGAAUUAGCUCUUAUCUGCCCACUGGACGCCUCCCUCUGGCUGGUAUUUCUUUGUGUCCUCACUCCAUGCUCCACUUCUGGACCCGCAUCACCCCCGGACCACAGCAUCCUCUUCAGGACACUGCCCUCUGGCAGUGCCCACUACGGUUGUCUCCCACCCCCUUCUGAGGGGUAGGUGUUUAUCACCAGUCUGUGUCUCUGCACUCUGAGGUUCUCCCCUCCCAGGGAACCCCAAAUUCCUCUAUACCCACCUUGCCUCAGUGACCCAUUACCAGUCUUCAUCUAGUCCCUGUUACAGGGGCAAACUGCAGUCUGAAAUGGCCACCCAUCAUUGGCAAGGGAGUGUGGACCUCUUUCUAGCCUGACUCUCUCUCUACAGCCCUACUACACUCAGGCCUUGCCUCAGGCCUGCAAUCUGGGAGUGGAGCCAAACCAGAGCUUCCCCAGUCUUGCUCUGCCUCAGGAAGCCUCCAUCUUCCCUGGCAGCCAGGUCCUUCCUAGGGUUGCCAAAUGGUUUCAACAGAUAUACCAGACACACUUGACA